AUGAAAAAAGAUAAAACACCUUGUAAGAGAUAUUAUCGCCAAAGAGCUCAUUGCAAUCCUCUUUCAGAUAGUUACAUAAAAUAUCCACUUAAUUACAAUUAUGUUGACUGGAAAUUACAUUAUCCAUAUUAUUUUAAAAAUGAAAAUAUAAUAGAAAAUAAAGAAAAAAAGAAUGAAAAUGCAUUAAAAGAUAUAGAAUAUAAUAAUGAUAAUGAUAACAGUAAGGAUCAAACCGAUAGAAAUAUUAUAAAUAAAGAAACAAAUAAAGAAAUUAAUGAUCUAAUGGGUGAUGUGAACAAACUGUAUUUAAAUACAAAUAAGCAUCCAAUUACUUAUGAUAAAAUUAUAUGUAGCAAAUCAAAUAAUCAUGAAGUAAAAUUUUUAGAUAUAGGAUGUGGUUAUGGAGGUUUAUUGUUUGCAUUAAGUAAACUUUUUAAUGAUAAAUUAAUAUUAGGCUUAGAAAUCAGAGAUAAAAUUACUAAUUAUGUUGGUGAAAAAAUUAUUUCCUAUAGAAAUAAUCAUUAUCCUUAUUAUAAUAAUAUAUCUAUUAUUCGUACUAAUGCAAUUAAAUUUUUACCAAAUUAUAUUAAAAAAAAUCAAAUUGAGAAAAUAUUUUUUUGUUUUCCAGAUCCUCACUUUAAAAAACAUAACUGGCGAAGAAGAAUAAUAACAUUAGAAAAUUUAUCAUUAUAUUAUCAUUUAUUACAAAAAAACGGAUUAAUAUAUUUUAUUACUGAUGUGUUUACUUUACAUUUAUGGGUAAAAUAUUGUUUUUAUAAAUUUCCAUAUUUUAAAUUGCUUUCUCAUGAGGAAUAUAAAGACGACAUUUGCAUUAAAUUAAUACAUGAAAGUUCAGAAGAAUCAAAAAAAGUAAAAAGAAAUAAUCAAAAUAUGUAUUUUUGUAUAGCAAAAAAAAUAUAG